AUGUCUUUACUUGCACCUCCAAAUUUUGCUUUGAUUGCCGCUGCAUGCAACAACUGGGGAAUCGGAAUUAACAAUAAAUUGCCAUGGAAACUCGAACGAGAAAUGGGAUAUUUUGAAAGAGUUACUAAACACGUAGUACCAAUUCCAAAAGAUAAGGAUGAUUCUUCUUCCUCGGAUGUGCAAGCCACUAUUUUAGAUCAGAAAAGUCAGAAUGUGGUGAUUAUGGGUCGUAAAACUUGGGAAUCUAUUCCAUCAAAAUAUCGACCUUUGAAAGAUCGAUUGAAUGUUGUUAUUUCAAGGAGUAUGGUGAAGGAUGAAAGCGUGUCUGGUAACGGUACUUAUUUGAUUUAUUCAACUCUAGAUGACGCCAUUAAGGAUAUUGUUAAUAAGCCGUCGAUUUCGAGAAUCUUUAUAAUGGGCGGGUCAUUUGUCUACAAAGAGGCGAUCGAAUCGCCAUUAUGUAAAUACAUUCUUUUAACUAGAGUGUACAAAGAUUUCAAUUGCGACACCUUUUUUCCAGAGAUUGAUGAAAGUGUGUACAGAUUAACAACCCAUGAAGAGUUGGAGAAUUUUGUUGGGGAAAAGGUGCCAAAAGGUAGACAAUUGGAGAAUGGGAUUGAAUACGAAUUUACGAUGUAUGAGAGAAAAUAA